AUGCUGUCAUUGGAUAAGAAUUUUCCGGUUUGGCAACCUGCAUUAGAGAUGCUUGUUAAUGAGUCAGUGGGGAAGGUCUUGCCGAUUGCGUUGAAAGAGAGGGUUGAUUCUGAGGAGCUGGCCGUUACGACUCUUGUUAGUGGUAAUUUGGAGGAACUGAAUGUAUGCGAGACUACGAGUGAGGGGAAAAUGAGUAAUUUUUUUGAUGUGCAUGUGCAUAUUGAUACUUAUGUUCCGCCUCGGUUUGGUAUCCGGGGAAAUGGUGCACAUUUGGCUUUGGGGGGCUAUGUGAGGAACUUUGCAGCUGCAAAAUAUUCAGAUUGGGUAAGGAUUAGGAAGACUCUGGAAAAGCUCAGACCUCCAUCAGUGACAGAGCUGUUGUUGUCUCAUAAUGGUGAUCAAAUACUCGAAGGUUGUGUGACAAAUUUUUUCGUUGUUUGCUGUAAGGUACAAGAAGAAGCGCAAAAUGGACAAGUAGAAUUGGAAAAACAUGUCAUCACAAAGACAUUGACUAAGCCAUCUGAGGCAUAUUAUGAUGCCAAAAACCUGCCACAUGUUCUUGUGAGUACAAAAAUAUGUUUUGUGUGA